CUAACACUGUAACAGUACGGUAGGGCAGUAAUGCAAAACACUGUGUUUUAAUCCAUUACCAUUAUUCUUCUCUAACAGACGGAAGUUCAUCGAUCCUAGUUCCUUUCUUCCUUCAAGUUGCUCCCUAUUAAAACGACAACACAGCCUGGCUCUUUCAACUUCUGAGCACUUCGUUUUCCAACAUCACAAUUGCAAGAGGAAUCAAGACUUUGCGCACUAUAAUAUCCUAGUAAUAGCUCAGAGGGUGAAGGUUUUCAAUCUUGCCUCGCACAGGCGCCUCUUUGGUGUACUUCUAGCUUCCUCCUUGCUCGAUUUAUUCCAAAUGGAGCAAGCAGAAGAAAUAGCUGCCAGGGGAAAGAAUGGGACGCCCGACAAGCAACGUCUGCUGGCGGACGGGGCACUCCCGUCGGAGUCGUCUGAACACGAAACCCUGCACAGCGUGUCGUUGGACGAGAUUACAGACAGCGUAAAAGGCAAUAUGCAGUCGGACGGCCAGCGAGCUCCUGGUGCGCCGAGCAAUGCUGAUGUCAGCAGAUCCUCCUCUGCCGACGUGAGCGACUCCUCAUCUGCUGCCAUCAGCACUUUCCCAAGGCAGGGGAGCAGGGGGAUCCAGCUGACGCGGCUUUCCAUCCCCGAGGAAGAUCUAGAGGAGGAUGAAAAUCAUGACGGGCCGCUGCUGGAUCCAAAGACGCAGCCCGUCAACAAGCUGCCGCGACAAGAGGAGGAGUUUGACAGCUACUUAACCGGGCCGGUUAGGACCCUGGUUAUUGGCGUAACUAGUACGCUGACCUUUGUGCUCUUAGGCAGCACGGUGGUUCUGGCGGUGUGCCUCAUGCCGGGCAUGGAAGGCACGAUUGACACCGUGGCGCCAAUUGCAGCCUCGUUGCUGAUGCUGUCCCUCAUGGGCAGUUUGGUGUGGUGUUGCUGGUUGGGAUGGAACCAAUGUUGGUUUGCAGCGACCAAGAACAAUCUCAUCCGACGGCUGCCGUUCACUCUCCUCCACAUGCUGAAACCCGAUGAACUGGUGAAGGUCAAAGGGCGCAUCGCGGUCGGUCCCGACGGCCCCCUCACGGCGAGUUACUCGCACCAGAUGAACUGCGUGUACACGGAGGCGUGUCUGUAUCGGCAGGACCCCGACGCGGGGGGCCAGGCGAACGAGAAGUGGGGGUGUGACGUGGCGGAGCGGCGGGCCGUCGAUUUCUACCUGGUGGACGACGAGACGGGGAGGUCGGUGCUGGUGAAGGCGGGGUAUGGGGCGGGGAUCACGACGAUUGUGCCGGUUACGGAGGUUGUUGAGACGGCGAGGGGGUCCGCGAAGCGCGAGAACAAGACCCCCAAGCUGGAGGCCUGGCUGGAGGAGCGCGACAAAACGUCCUAUCUGCCGGGAGAACCCGACACGGAGCGGCGGCAAGAGUGGCUGCGGUUCACGGAAUCGUAUCUAAGAGCGGGCGACCACGUUUUGGUAGUUGGCAACACGGAGCGACGGGGCGAUCAGAUAGUCGUCGUUCCACCGGACGAAAGCUUAUCGUACGGCUGCCGCUUCUGGUUCUUGUGCUUGUUACCGUUCCAUUUGCGCGGCCUCAUCAUCACAAACGAAGGCAAGAUGAUAGGGGACCUUCCGAAGGCGAUGCCGGUGGCAGCGCCCGAGGGCAGCGUGUAAGUUAGGAGCAACGGAAUCCAUGCUACUAGUCCAAUUCAUAGAGGAUUCUCUCAGAGUAGGACACUACUGACUGUACUUGAGUUGCAAAACAGUGGUGACUGUUGAUUUGCAAAUAUUGAAACGAUAGACUUGACCAGCCGACAUGUCAUCCCUUGCUGUAGUACAGCGAUUGGUCAUCCGCAAAGAAAACUGCAUGCAAAAUUGUGCAGCCACUGUACAGCUCGACAGGUGAGCAACCGCUUAAGGUUGGCGGCAAUUGUCAGCUAGUAAAGUACGUUGCGCCUCGCCACAAGC